AUGAAAGGGAACCUCCUGCAACACUUGAUCAAUGACAAGCAGUGGCCAACAGCCUACCCCACCUUCAACUGCUCUACACGAACAAGUUAUUUGUACCAAAUCCUACAAGGAAUUGUGUUUUGUCACUCUAGAAGAGUUCUUCACAGAGACUUAAAACCUCAAAAUCUAUUGAUUGAUGACAAAAGAACAAUUAAACUGACCGAUUUUGGGCUUGCCAGAGCUUUUGGAAUACCUAUUAGAGUUUAUAAACAUGAGGUAGUAACUCUCUUGUAUAGAUCACCAGAAGUAUUGCUGGGGUCAGCUCGCUAUUCGACUCCAGUUGACAUUUGGAGUACAGGCACCAUAUUUGCAGAGUUAGCAACUAAGAAACCACUUUUCCACAGGGAUUCAGAAAUUGAUCAGCUCUUCAGGAUUUUCAGAGCUUUAGGCACCCCCAAUAAUGAUAUGUGGCCAGAAGUAGAAUCUUUACAGAAUACAUUUCCCAAGUGGAAACCAGGAAGCCUAGCAUCCCAUGUCAAAAACUUGGACAAAAAUGGCUUGGAUCUGCCCUCGAAAAUAUUAGUCUAUGAUCCUGCCAAACAAAUUUAUGGCAAAAUGGCACUGAAUCAUCCAUACUUUAAUGAUUUGGACAGUCAGAUUAAGAAGGUGUUUCUGUAUGUUGGAUCAAGAACAUAUCCUUUUACUUGUAACUAUUUUUGUCAUGUGUACUUAUCUUUUUUGUAA